AUGCGGCACAAUGGGCUGUGCCCUUUCCUGAAGCCCCUCCAGCGCCUUGCGCGGUGCCCCAUGCCUUUCCCGAGCCCUGUGGCCAGCUUGCCGCCGGCUUCAACCAGCUCCAGGUCGGCAAGACAUGGCUCCCAACCCACCACCACACGUCCCUCCUCGAGCGGCGGCGAAACCCACAUGAUGAUCCCACGAUCGCUUGCCCCGGCAAGACGCUCCGAGUCCUACUCGCAACCAACACCCCUCGAAGAGUUUCGCAAGUCGAGACGAUGGCCGCCAGCUGGCUACCGACAAGACGAUGCGCUGACGCCGGAAGAGGCCGAGGAUUUGAUCUGUGCCGGCGCAUCCACCUUCAAGGGCUACUUGGACAUCAUACACAAUGCACCAGAAGGGUACGAGCGCUACUAUGCCGUCAUGGAGUCGGAGCAUCAAAGCCGGACGGACCGCUCACCGUUCCAGCAGCCAGCCUAUAGGGACAUGUCACUCAACAUGACGGGUGCAUCAGACAGUCAAUUCCCAUGGCUGUCACAAGAGCAGCCUUGCAUGGCGUACGCCUUUGGAAAGAGUGCUGGAACGACUACGCUGAAUUACUCGGUCAGCAAGUCUAGCCACAGCGUUCCGCCCACCAAGUUUGCCGGCGAAACAAAACCACGCAAGAUCAAGUUUCUGCAAAUCCUUGACCGGUUGCAGCAGCUUGAGAGUGGGCUCCAGGAAGAUGAUCCCGAAGAAAUGUACAGGUACCUCUACAGUACUCUGAUUGAAGACCCCGAUCGAUUUGGUGACAAUCGACACAUCGAGAUUGACCAGCAAAUCGCAGACUUGAUCGCAGUGUUGAGCAGUCCGCAGUGGAAGGAUUUCUCUCUGCCCAAGAACCAGGUAAUUGCGAAAUUCUUCGAUGCUGCAGAUCAGCACAAGAAGCAAGAGUUCUUUCAUCAGUUGCUUCUUUCCGUGGAACUCUAUCUUCGGAUACAUUCCAAAAAGCACACAGACAAGGCAAAGCGAAAGCUCAUCAAACAACUACCGCCCAUCAUCACAUGGGACCUAGCCGUUGCGCAGCGUUGGCUUGAGAAUAUGGAGAUUACCAAGGAACGUGUAUCCUCUACCUCAAGCACCUUUAGUUUCGAACUCAAGAGUAAGAAGAGACAAAAGGAAGCUUUAAGAUACUUUGCAGAAACACUCAAGUGGCCCAACAUUGAUGAGGUGGAGUAUAUUCUUGACGAGCAAGAUGCGGACGAGAAGGCGGUUGAGGAUCGCUCCGCAGACGCCAUGUCCUGGUUUUCGGGCAUCAUACUGCCGGGCAAGACACUGCCGUGGCUCAUCAUGAACAGUUUGAUUGACUGCGAUCGUAACACAGGAGACGCUCUGAAAUUUCUUACACACAUGCAACCCGCAUCUGGCUUCCAGUACCGCGCCAAUACCUAUUGGUCCUCGCAAUGCAUUGUUGGCAAGGUACUGGGAGCAGCACGGGGUGUCAAGCAAAUCGCUGGCUGGAUAGGCCCAUGCAUAUACACUCCCGAUCUUAAGCGCACAGAAUGUGUAAGGGUCAAGCAACGAGAAUCGUCUGACCCACGGCUUGCUGCCAUCGACGUAGAAUCUAUGGGUGAGCGGACCAAUCCUCUGGGCUCGAUUGAGACGAGCUACCCGAUAGAUGACUAUGAGGUUCCCAUGCCAGACUUGGAAGAUGUUACCGAUUUGAUCCGGAUCGAGAAGCUGAGCUUUGCACCAGCCAAGGAUCAACCUUCCUCUACGCGGCAAUUGCCUGGCGCGCCGCUGUUGUUCGACGCUGCCAUUUACUUUGCAUGUGGUGGUACGAGUUGGCCGAUGAAGCUGCGAUAUGAUGUCGACUUCAUUAACGCCUUCCCGUGCCAUCAGGGCCCACAUGUCCUUUUUUACGACUUUGCUUACACUGCCAUCAAGAUUGACGAUGGCCUGGUCGACAUCAAAGACUGGGACCUUCAGUCUGGCCGCACUUCCCGCCCCAACUCGUCCAAAUCGUCUCCGGGAAAGAAGGCACUUACGAUAGGUCCCAUCAAAACAGCCCACGAGCAAGUCACCAAAGUGCUAGCCAUUGAAGCUCUCGGCGUUAGCGAUAACGAAGUCUUUGCGCGAGCGUGGUGUGCCCAUCAUGGCCACAGUGCAGUGAUAGCAAACAUCAAGGAGACGUGUAUGGCAUGUGCCAUCCGCGAGGCAUACGCGGCAUGUGUGUCUGUGGUCAUAUUGACCGAAGGUGGAAUUGAGAAAGAGAAUGAUACGGAAUUUCUGGGAUACUUUUGA